AUGAAUAUUAAUAUAGAUGCUAUUAGACAUUCUCAUACUGAUUUUGAACAAUGGAUUAUAGGCUGGCUCCACUCUGCAGUUAGUAAUAUUUCUGCAUUAUGUUUGAGUAAUGAAAGUUUGAUAUGCAGGUUUAUGUGCAUUAUUUGGUACAUCUGGAAAGACAGGUGCUCAGAGGUUUUUCAAGAUCAGAAACCACAUUUGCAGAUCAAGAAUUGGAGACCUCCAGAUAAGGAAUUUGUGAAAAUAAAUAUUGAUGGUCCUUAUAUAUCACAUACAAAGCAAGGAAGUGUAGGACUAAUUCUAAGAAAUUUUGCAGGCACAUGUCUAGGAGCAAAAGGGACUCCUCCCUUUGGUCGUCGUCCAAAAAUAUACGUCCUACGAAAACCAAGUGAAAGUUCAUUCUUGUUUGCGUAUGAUUGCAAGAUUGAUGAUUACAAAUUGGUUAGAGUUGAGAGAUUUGAUCCAUCGUGUAGACCUGUUAAGCUGAGUUUUGAGGUUGAGGUCUAUACACUGGGAACUGGUUCGUGGCGAAAGAUUGGAAAUGUAUCUUACAUGGUUGGAAACCACGAACUUGGGGUGCUUGUUAAUGGUGCACAUCAUUGGUUUGUUGUUUCUCUUGAAAAAAUGUUGAUAGUACUAGUCUCUUUUGAUAUUUCGAAUGAGAGGUUUGUGGAGGUAUCACUGCCUACAGAGCGCUCGACAUACCCAGAAGAACCUCUGGAAGAUGAUAAGUAUGGGAAACAUGUGGCGGAGCUGAGAGGGCGUCUUUGUUUAGUUUUUCAUGUUUUUGGUGUUCGUGUUGAUGUGUGGGUAAUGCAAGAGUAUGCAGUGAGAGAUUCCUGGACUAAAAGCUUCAGAAUUACUGAAGAGACCAUUACCGAAGCAUUCAGUUUGAGGCUCAAAUGGAGUUUUGAGAGCAAUAAGAUUUUAUUGCAGGGCUAUGACAAGUUAAUCUUAUAUGACCCAAAGAGCGAAAGAUAUUGGAAACUCGCGGUUUGUCAAAUUACAGAUGUAGUUAACUGUGUAACCAGCCUUGUUUCACUUAACUCUAGUACAUAUCUGAAGUAA